AUGGUGAACAUCACGGAAAAGAUCAAAGAGAUCGAAGAUGAGAUGCGCAGGACGCAGAAGUAUCAUCUGGGUCUUCUCAAAGGGAAACUUGCCAGAUUAAGAGCACAGCUCCUUGAACCUACCCCUGGCUCAAGCUCGGGCGGCGGGACAGGAUUUGAUGUCUCAAAGAGUGGUGAUGCACGUGUCGCUCUGGUCGGCUUUCCGUCAGUCGGAAAGUCGACGUUCUUGUCCAAGAUCACCAAGACGAAGAGCGAGGUUGCCUCGUACGCUUUCACCACGCUGACGGCCAUUCCGGGCGUCCUGGAGUAUGGCGGUGCAGAGAUCCAGAUCCUUGAUCUCCCCGGUAUUAUCGAGGGGGCUGCCGAAGGCAAGGGUCGAGGGAGACAAGUCAUCUCAGCUGCCAAGACGAGUGAUUUGAUCCUGAUGGUGCUUGAUGCCACAAAACGUGCUGAACAGCGCGCUCUCCUCGAGGCAGAGUUAGAAGCUGUGGGAAUCCGAUUGAACAAAGAGCCUCCCAAUAUUUAUUUGAAACCGAAGAAGGCUGGCGGAAUGAAGAUUACCUUCCAGACGCCGCCUAAGAAUCUGGACGAAAAGAUGAUCUCGAACAUUUUGCGAGACUACAAGCUCCUCAACUGCGAGGUUCUAGUGCGAGAUGAAAAUGCAACGGUUGAUGAUUUGAUUGACGUGAUUAUGAAAGAUCACAGAAAAUAUAUCAGAUGCCUUUACGUGUACAACAAGAUAGACAGCGUGAGCGUGGACUUCCUCGACAAGCUUGCGCGGGAGCCGCAUACAGCCGUGAUGAGCUGCGAGCUGGACCUGGGCGUGCAGGACGUGGUAGACAGAAUCUGGCAGGAGCUGCGCCUGAUUCGGAUAUACACGAAACGAAAGGGUGAAGAUCCCGAUUUCAACGAGGCGCUGAUCGUACGAAGUAACUCGACGAUCGAGGAUGUCUGCGAUCAGAUCCACCGGUCGUUGAAGGAGACGUUCAAGUAUGCCUUGGUGUGGGGGGCCAGUGCCAGACAUGUCCCGCAGCGGGUUGGACUUAAUCAUGUUGUAGCAGACGAGGACGUGGUGUCCAUUGUUGCGAAAUAA